AUGGCCAGCAACCGGGUCCCAAUCAACUACCACACACCUUCGUUUCCCUCGCUGUACGACCCAGUCCCCUCUCACCACAAAGAAGCUUAUUAUCUCUAUUAUACGACGGAUAUCUGGCGCUUCACACUGUACUGGACUUUGAUUUUUUAUGGAGUGACCCACCUUACAGUCGCCGGGUGCGUUACCCUGACGCAUUGUCGCAAUUGGAGUGUGGUAUGGCUUGUGCCGUUACUGUACGCCGUGGUUUCUGGUUUAGAAGCACUGCUAGCUGGAAGCAUCGUUGGUGUAGUACUUGGUCAAAUCUAUGAUUCGGGAAACUUCAGGAUGUCCACCUGGGUGCCGAUGAUCUGGGCUGGAGUCAAUGUGAUGGUGCUCAUCUUAACCAGUUUCCCAAUACAAGGCGGACUUUAA